AAUGAAUCAGCCAAAUAAAGUAUAGGAAUAUGAAAAAGUUCUUGACCUACUUGAACACUUCCUAAAAAAAUAUUAAAAUUUAGGUAGGAAUGCCAUUGAAACUUCGAUUGUCAGUCUUUUAAAAAAUAAUAUUAGUGGAUUAUUUUUUGUAGGAUUUUAUGAAGUUAUUGAUGGUAUAAUAUCAAUUCUAUAUUAGAAAAUUAUCUUGAAGUUGGUCCAUAUUAAAGUACUAUAUUGGCAACACCAAGAAUAGAAAAAGGGAAGGGAUAAUGUGGAUAAUGUUGGGCUGAAGGAAAAGUUCAGAUUCAAGAAGAUGUGAAGGUUUGUUAAAAUUACAUAGCUUGUGAUAAUGAAACACAAAGUGAAAUUGUUAUUCCAGUGAUAAAAAAUGGAGUUGUGUAAAGUGUUUUAGAUAUUGAUUCAGAACACUUGUCACGAUUUGACGAAGUCGAUUCUAAGUAUUUAUAAAGAAUAGUUGAGUAUUUAAUUUGA